CGACCUAAACAGUAUUUAAAAAAAAAAAAAAGGAGUCUAACGAUCUGUCACCUGCUCCUAAAACGAAAUUACAGCAAAUUAAAACUAAGCAAAAAAACCGAAAAAUAAGGGAACGCCUUAUAAACUAACAACAAACGCCAACUUCCCGGAAUAAAUCCGCGUUUCCAUUGCCCGGCGACGGCUGAAGACUACACCGCUGUUUUUGAACGAACAGAGACAAUCAGAAGUUCCCCCUUUCUCUCUUUCGAAUGGCUCGCCGUCGACGACCUGCGGCCGCCACCACCGCCAUUAUCCAUCUCCUUGUUCACGUCUCUCUCUUCUUCUCCGUCGUCUCUGCUGCAACCUUCGCCGACGACGCAGCGGCGUUGCAGGACCUGAGAGAUGCCUUUGGUGGGGAGUCUCUCGGCUGGACGGGCAAAGACCCGUGCAGCUGGCCUCAUGUCGUCUGUGACGGCAACCGCGUCACUUCCAUUCAGGUGGCCAAUGCCGGCAUCUCUGGCGUCCUUCCUCCGAAUAUCUCCAAGCUCAGCAAGCUCACCACGCUCGGCCUCCAGAACAACCGGCUCACCGGCGCCGUCCCCAGUCUCACCGGCCUCACCUUCCUUCAGAAUCUUUACCUCGACAACAACAACUUCUCCUCCAUCCCCUCCGGCGCUUUCUCCGGCCUCACCAACCUGCAGACCGUCCGUCUCGACUACAACCAGUUUAGCCCCUGGCCCAUCCCCACGGAACUCGCCCAGUCCACCAGCCUCAAAUCGUUCACCGCCAGCAAGGCUAACGCCGUGGGCACCAUCCCGGACUUCUUCGGCAGCUUGCCGAACCUCCAGGAGCUCAAGCUCUCCUACAACAAUCUCACCGGCGGAAUCCCCUCCUCAUUCGCCAAGUCUGGCAUACAGAUACUCUGGCUCAACAACCAGCAAGGUGAGAAGCUAUCCGGCUCGAUUUCCGUCCUCGGCCAGAUGCCUGAGCUCACACAAGUCUGGCUUCAGACGAACGCAUUCUCCGGGCCCAUUCCGGAUCUCUCCAAAAGCGUUUCCCUCUCAGAUCUCCAGCUGAGGGAUAAUGCCCUCACCGGCGUCGUUCCCAAAUCGCUCACCAGCCAGAGUUCUCUGCUUAAGGUCAGUCUGGGCAAUAACCAGCUCCAGGGGCCGUUUCCCAGCUUCCCGACGUCGGUCACCACCGUCGAUAUCGGCGACACCAACAGCUUCUGCCUACCGGAACCCGGUCCCUGCGAUCCACGGGUGGAUGCCCUCCUCGCCAUAGCCGCCGACGUGAACUACCCGACUGCCUUCGCCGAUGCUUGGAAGGGAAAUGACCCCUGUAACCGCUGGGCGUUCGUGACCUGCGAUUCGCAAGGGGCCAUCACAGUUCUCAACUUCGCAAAUCAGCAUUUAGUGGGAACGAUAUCACCAGCAAUGGCGAACCUAACCGGCCUGAAGGCACUUCUUCUGAACAAUAACAACUUGACCGGAACAAUCCCUGCCGCCCUCACCAUGCUGCCUAAUUUGCAGACCAUCGAUGUCUCGAACAAUAACCUCACCGGAAAUGUGCCUAGUUUCGCGGAGAAGGUUGCGCUUAAUAUUUCGGGCAACUUGCUUCUGGGCAGUAGCAUUGCUUCCGGUGGCAGCGGACGGUCUGCGACUGCCGGCGGCAAUAGUGGUGAUGAUGCAUCUGGUUCAUCCAUCUCCUCUGCGAGAGGCGGUUCAUCUUCAUCCUCUACUCGUAUCGGUGUCGGAUUAGGCGUGUCGGUGGCGCUCCUCCUACUUUCUGGACUGGCUUAUUCUUACUACCGUAAGACAAAAUGCUCAAAAUUUGAACAAGUGAAGAGUCCCCAUGACUCUUCAAAUGGGACGGAUCACGUGAAGAUUAACAUCGUUAACGGAAAUGGGUACGUGAUGGCGGAUCAGCAGAGCCCGGAGAGCAGCGGAACGGCGAGUUUGGCCGAUCCCGGCACCAUGGUCAUAUCCAUUCAAGUGCUUCAGCAAGUGACGAACAAUUUCUGCGAAUCGAAUGUGAUAGGGAGAGGCGGUUUCGGAGUUGUGUACAGGGGAGAGCUUCACGAUGGAACUAAGAUAGCAGUGAAGAGAAUGGAAGGAGCGGCAGCAGGGAACAAGGGUAUGAACGAAUUCUUGGCAGAGAUUGCCGUCUUGACAAAAGUUAGGCACCGGCAUUUGGUGGCAUUACUCGGGUACUGCAUUGAAGGAAAUGAGAGGCUUCUGGUUUAUGAGUACAUGCCUCAGGGGACAUUGGGGCAGCACCUGUUUGAGGGGCCGGAAAAAGGGUUCUCUUUCCUGAACUGGAAGGCGAGAUUAACGAUAGCAUUGGACGUUGCUCGAGGAGUAGAGUAUCUGCACAGUUUGGCUCAGAAAAGUUUCAUUCAUAGAGAUCUGAAGCCUUCCAAUAUACUACUUGAUGAUAAUAUGAGAGCAAAAGUCUCAGACUUUGGCCUUGUCAAGCUCGCCCCUGAAGGGAAGUGCUCAUUGGAGACUAGAUUGGCCGGGACAUUCGGAUAUCUUGCACCUGAAUAUGCUACCACCGGAAGGGUGACAACCAAAGUUGACGUGUUCGCCUUCGGGGUUGUCCUCAUGGAAAUGAUUACCGGCCGGAAAGCCCUCGAUGAGUCGCAACCAGAAGAAAGCUGCCAUCUCGUGUCAUGGUUCCGAAGAAUUCUGAUCAGCAACAAGGGCGAUAUUGGCAAAGCCAUCGACCCUGCUAUUAAUGUAGACGACGAAGAAACAUUCAGGAGCAUCUGUACAAUAGCUGAGCUAGCUGGCCACUGUACUGUGAGGGAGCCUAGUCAGAGGCCGGACAUCGGCCACGCAGUUAAUGUCCUUUCCCCACUGGUAGAACAAUGGAAGCCCUGCCACAGGGAUGAGGAAUGCUCCGAGGGCAUCAACUACGAUAUACCACUCUCAGUUGCCCUGCAAAGAUGGCAAGCCAAUGAAGGCAACUCCACGAUGACAGACACAUUUUUCCGGGACAGCACCGUUGUCGAGAACACUCAGUCAAGUAUUCCCCUCAGUACCGCAUGUUUCCCUGAUGCUGCCAAUUGCAGAUAAAAGAGCAACAAGGACGGAGAUUUUCUGGAAGUGGCUUUUCUCUGAAUUCUGAAUCCUUCAGUUCUCAUGUAUCUCAGCUCUCAUCUGCAUCUGCUUCCCAUCUCACUUGCACUGCUGGACUAAAUGUGGCCAGCACUGUUGAUUGGGAUCCUAUCUAGUGCAUUGGGGACUCGGAACUUUGCCUCCUUUUCAGUAGCGUCAUUCCCUUUGUAAAAGGGUGAAACCCACACGACUGGUUUUGGGAUGAUCCAUGUUUUGUUGCAAGGACAGACUAGUGGAACUGUCAAAAAUGAGUGUAAAAAUUUGGAUUGGGGUCUUCUUUAUUUUGUACAUUAAAGCCAUUCAACUAUUCUGCUGUAACAUUAAUCUCUCUGUACCUCAUGCUGAUAAGCUCAGAGCUCCUGCUUUCUUCUUCCUGCUUCUCUGAGUUACUUUUAGAAAGAAUCUCUGCUGCAUUUCUGCAGAAUGCCAGCUGAGUUAGUUAUUGGAUGGAAGAAGAAUAUGAUAAAAGUGCUAGGCUGUCAUGAAGAAGCUUGUUAUUGGCAUAUAUUUUAGGGGAUGUACUCUGCUUCUCAUUGUGAGAUGAGGGUGGCAUCACAUGGAUGAGUGGUAAGGCGUUGGUUCCGGUGGGGAAGGGCCGAAGGGGGCAGUCUUUUUUAAUGGUGCAUGUGGAUGAGCGUUGCUGGAAAUGGAUAGGACAUGUGGGCAGCGGUGGAUUGAAUGGGGACUCUUUGUUCAAGUCAAAGGGAAAAGAAACGUUGCUUUUUCCACUUCUGUGAAUUGAGGAGGAAGAAAAGUGCUUGAAAUUUCAGGAGGAAGACAAAUCAGCAGGCUGCCUCUGUAGUCGAAUCUGAUUUUUUUUUUUUAUUUUGUGUUUCUAAAAAUUGUUAUAAAAUAUGUAUUCUGUCAUUAAAAAUGGUAGGCAAGCAAUUGCCAUCACUAA